ACUGAGGGAGUCCGGGCUGGCUGAGAACGGACACGUCGGAAACCUCCCCGGAGGGGCCCCAUGUAAUUCGAUGCACGCUGUUAAAGCUUAGAGUAUAUUGUCUUCCCUUUUCGCUUAUGAAGCCUCCACCCACCGGCCCACCCUACAUUUAGCGGAUCAUGUGACUCGGGAGUGAGAGGAGAGAAGAGGAAAGGGAGAGGAGGAGACGAGACAGAGAGGACUGUGGAAAGGAAAACAGUCUCCUAGUCUCCACGGCUCUGCAGCUUUUGACAAGGUAGCCUAAGAAACAGGAUGUUAAUGCUUGACGGAAUGCCUGCAGUCCGAGUCAAAGCCGAGCCCCUGGAAUCGGAACAAGGGUCACCUAAAGUUCGCCCUUACUCUGCGAUGGAUGGCGUCCCCUUCUUCCUCAGCAGAGUAAAGUCGGAACCCCCCGAGGAUCUGCUCGCCCAUGACCUCCACUUCCACACGCAGACAGAACCUGUGGACCUGUCGAUCAACAAGCCCCGCCCCUCCUCCUUGUCCACCACCGCAGCUAGCAUAACCUCCUCGUCAUCGCCCCCCCACAGAUCCGCCUUCUCCCCAUCUUCGCUGUCGUCCUCCUCGUCCUCCUCGUCUUCUCCGUCGGUUAUCACCUCGGCUUCCUCGGUGCUCACGCCGGGACCCCUGGUAGCCCCCGGAAGCGGGGUGAGAGGUCAGCCCUAUUUGCACAUCCUGCAGUCUGUGCCGCCGCCUCCGUCCAGCCCCCUGAGCCUGCAGGGAGCCGGGAAGCUGGCCGGCCAUGUUCACCGCAUCCCAGUUGUGGUGCAGUCACUGCCCCUCAUGUACACCACUGCAGUGCGAUCGCCCUCCAGCCUCAACAACGCUAUCAUGCUACCUCUGCUGGAAGAGGCCAAAAGCAAGGGCAAAGUACACACAGACCCCAACGGCCUGUCACCGAGGCAGAUCAAAAGUGACAGCGAUGACGAUGACCUGCCGAACGUGACCCUGGACAGCGUUAACGAGACCGGCUCCACGGCGCUGUCUAUAGCCCGGGCUGUGCAAGACUCCAUGUCGCCGUUCAGUAUUGACAGCAUCCGACGCCCCCGGAGGUCAGAGUCUCCUGACUCGAAGAAGCGAAGAAUCCACAGAUGUGACUUCGAGGGUUGCAAUAAAGUGUACACCAAAAGCUCACAUUUAAAAGCACACCGGAGGACACACACAGGGGAAAAGCCAUACAAGUGCACCUGGGACGGCUGCACCUGGAAGUUCGCCCGCUCCGACGAGCUGACGAGGCAUUACAGGAAACACACGGGCGUCAAGCCCUUCAAAUGCGCAGACUGUGACCGCAGCUUCUCCAGAUCCGACCACUUAGCCCUGCACCGACGGAGGCACAUGCUGGUGUGAAGCACAACGGGAGCGACUGAGAGAAGAUGUCAACAGAGCAGACGCAGCCACACACAUGCACACGCACACACGCAGACGCACACAGGCAGCCGGGGGAGCGGGAUCUCCCUCUGAAUGUUUUUCAGCUGGCCUGGAUGCCCAAACUCACUCACGCACACGCACACACACACACACACACACACACACACACACACACACACACACACACACUUGAGUUGGAGAUGGAGAAGCUGGAUGGACGGUCGAAGCAGAAAACAGGGUGACUUCCGGAUCCUCUCUGGAUGGGAAGGAAGCAAUGGCGGGAUCCUUCUCCGUCAUCGGAUAAUGAUCGGGAACUGCUUUUAACAGCACUGUUUGUUGAUGUUUAGCUUUGAUUCUUUUUUGUUUUUUUGUUGUUUUUUUAGGAUGAAGUGGCACUCUACAAAUUUGGAUUUUACUCACUUUACAUUACAGCUGCUUUUCCAGCGUUCAUAAUGUGAAAGACCCCUUUGAAAUCAGAGCGGGAAGUUCGACCUGGUGUGGAUUUUAACAGGAAGAGACUUGGCCAGAGUUGGAUUUACAGACAGUAUUGUUUGUUUUUUUGGGGUUUUUUGUCUUGCCUUCCCAUGAGUUGACCAGCAGAGGGCAGUGUUUGAUCACGGAAGGUUUACUCGGACUUGGACCGUCACAUCUAAGGCGUUUUAUUCGAGAAGUUGAAUGAGGUCUGGACUUUCACCUUUUUUUCCCCCGAAGCCAGCAAAGUGCAAACAACUUCACAAGGAUGGAUCCAGUUUCACCCGCUCACUUUGUUGACUGCAGGAACUGGACACACCAAAUCAUCAUCACACCAGCAAAGAAGCCCCAUGUUAUCACACGGACUUCAGACAAACCCCAUUCUUCAUCAGUGCUUUUCUUUAUUUUGAGCCUCUUUAAAGCAUUUUCUUCAAAAACAAACAAACAAAAAAAUCUUACGUGGAUUUUGAGCUGUGAUUAGCAAUCAGUAAAGUGCAAUCUUAAAGAAUAUAUAUAUAUAUAUAUAAACUUUCAGUAUGAAAAUGUUUUCUUUAUUGAAUCUUGCUUCUUUUUUUUUUAAAGUACAUGCUUAUUGCUUAUGUUUGAUUCUGACAAAUACGACCCCCCCGCCCCCCUCAUGUACAGCGAACCUUGAAACAAUCAGAGGAGAGUAUGUGGGAAAAAUAAAAAAUAAAAACCCAACAGAGGCACCUUAGAGACUUUCAUUCUGUCAACAUCUACCUGUACUCAUCAGUCAACUCAUGUUUCCUCCUCUGAAAUUGAGCCAAAACUAGGAGUUUUGUGUGCUGGUCUUUGUACGGCAAGGCGGCCCUCGACCGCAGGCCGCCGCUGACGCCAGCUGAAGACUUGAACGGAGACAAACCUGCACACACAGGAGAGCAAUACAUUCUGAUCAAAGUGUUCGUCGGUGUCCGAAAUCAGAGACGAAGGGUCAAGGUCAGCCGCGCUCUGUUUCUGAAGCAGCUCCAAGUCGCCGAUGUGAGGUCUCUCAGCUGGUCAUUCACUCCGCAGCAUCUUCCGUUUGUUUGUUUGUUUGUUUUCAUUUUGUUUUGUUUUUUAAUUUUCAUCAACAUCACUUGAAAUGUUCUCACCUCACUUUGGGCGGUUUUGUGGGUCGUCACCAGAAGUCUGGUGAGUAAAAUGCAGGAGUUGCACACCUAGUUACACACAUACACCGCUUUGCAAAAACUGUUGAUCCUUGAACUAUUUUGACAUUUUCGUCAUGCUACAAUGACAAACAUCAAUAUGUGAUCCUGGGAUUUUAUGUGGCUUGUCAAGUGGGAGGACACUGAUACAUUUCUAUUUCCCUGCAAACGAGUGAAAAUCUGGAAAGUGCAGAGCGCAUACAUCUUCAGCAUCCCCGAGUCAGUUCUUUAAACGUCUGACGCCUUUUGCAGAACAGCAGCAUUGCUUCCUGAGAUUUCGGUGGACUUCUUUUUAAGAGCUUAUAAAUUCACUUCUCUUCAUUUGGAAGUAUCAGAGUAAAGGGGGACUGAAAAAAAUAAGCACAUUUUUUUUUUUUUUUUUUGUUCCCACUCCACAAUCGCGGCACUACUUUGAAAAUCCCUACAAAAACCACAUUAAAGUUUAUGGUUGUAACGUGGUGAAAUGUGAACGAGUUCCAGGUGUCUGGAAACUUUUUGCAAAGCACCGCACAUGAUACAGAUGUUAUUAUGAAAUUGUAACAUUAUGUCACAGAAGAUUAACGCUUGAGAUGCGGUUACUGGCAGAAAUGUCUCUCAGAAAACAUCACACUUGACCUCAAUCAGGGAAUUCAAUUAAAAGUAUAUUUUUAUAGCCCUAAAGGCAAAUGUCUUUUUUUUUUUUUUGCAACUGUUUCCAGCGCUCCUGAUGCCGUUUAAAAGCUUCAGGGCUUUCAGGUACUGAGCCAACCGAUGUUAUACGACAUAGCGCUGCCAAAUGCAGUUAUUGGGCAGAAGCCAGUAAAAAGACACAGCAACCUUUUUUUUUUUUUUUUUUUUUUUUUUUUUUUAAGGUAUCUUGAAAUCCACACGCUUUUACACUAACGCCUACAAACACGCACACCACACACACACACACGCUGAAAGCUCUCACUUUUAGUAAAGAAGCCAAAUCCAGGGAACAGUUUUUCCACACGUGCGCAGUUCGUGCGGCCCUCUCGUAUGUCACCAUUAUUGAUGUAUAUUGUUUGUGCACAUGUCAUUACGCCCAGUCGUAUUAUCGUUUUGGCAAAAAAAAAGAAAAAAAAAUGCAUAUUAGCACCUUCUUUGUUUAUUGAGAUGAUUUUUCAGAUAAUUUUAUUUCAGAUGUCAAUUUAUAAGCAAAUAUUCGUCAUAUUUUAUCAUCCGUAUAAUGUAUAAGGACUUUUUUUUUGUGAUUGGGGGGCCCUUCAUUUGACGGCUUGUAACCCUUUUUCUUAUGUAAAAAAAAAAAAAAAAAGAAACUUUUUUUUUUUUAAUUUUUUGAAAUGUUGUAAUAUAUGUGAUAGUGAAGACACAAAGCUAUUACAAAGUUCUACAACCUGUACAUACAACGGAGAAAUAGGGCUUUCGAUUCGUAGACGCAGGAGAUACAUUUAUACACGUAAAGUCUUUUUUCUGAGACCGUAAUUUAUCUAAUUUGAUAUACAGCGAAAAUGGGCUAAAGGUGUUCAUCAUGUAUAUGAUCAUUAUGUGAUGUUAU